UUCCGCGUUCUCGUCGCGCGUCCGCCGGUCUCAGCGCGCUCUUCCGGCCAUUCAUCACCCUAGUCCGAGGGUCUUUGGAGCCUGAAUUCCGUGAACAGUUGGACCAGGAGGGAGAUUGCGUCGCUAGGAUGAAGCUCGUGAGAUUUUUGAUGAAAUUGAGUCAUGAAACUGUAACCAUUGAAUUGAAGAAUGGAACACAAGUUCAUGGAACAAUCACAGGUGUAGAUGUCAGCAUGAAUACACACCUUAAAGCUGUGAAAAUGACCCUGAAAAACAGAGAGCCUGUACAGUUGGAAACACUGAGUAUUAGAGGCAAUAACAUUCGGUAUUUCAUUCUACCAGACAGCUUACCUCUAGAUACACUACUUGUGGAUGUUGAACCUAAGGUGAAAUCUAAGAAAAGAGAAGCUGUUGCAGGAAGAGGCCGAGGCCGGGGUAGAGGAAGAGGACGUGGUCGCGGCAGAGGAAGAGGGGGUCCUAGGCGAUAAUGUCUCUCAAGAUUACUGUUUCAAAUUGAUAAGGAAUUUGGGGAUAUUUUUUGUACAGGUUUUGUGUGUUUGUCAGUUUUUAAUAAACAUAAGCGUAGGGA